AAUCUAAUUGACGAAAUAGUGGAUUCCGUAAAUGUUAUUUUGUUGAUUCGAUGUGAAAACCAUUUUGCUGAAAUUAUCGAACAAUUUUUUUUUUCGUUCGAAAACUGUUUAUGUGCCACGUAAUUUCUUCUAGAAAUAAAUUUAUUGACUUUUUUUCUUCGGUGAAAAUGAUAAAAGAUUUCCGUGUAAAGUGUAAAAUGUAAUCGUCUUUUUUGAACUCCAUCUUUUUUUUAUGUGAACAAACAGACUUUUCAAAUAGACUUGUUUUCGUUCAAAAAGAGAAAAGAAAAGUUCUCUUUAUCCGAAUUCAGUUUUUCAUUUUUGUGAAUUUGGACUGGGUCGAACUAAAAGAAAUCUUAAGCUCAACAGACUGGGGUUCGAUUUGUCAGGGGUCUCGCUACUUGCCACACACCAUCAUUAACAUUUCGAUUAAAAAACAGUUGAUUGAUUCUUCUUGACAUUCUUCUUUCCCGAUUCAUCACACAUCACCACCGUUAAGUAGACGAAUUUUUCUCAAGCAGCCCGCAUCAAAAUUGCGUAGGGCAUGUUUAAUGACACACCGUGGAUGUCUCAGUGUCGUCUAUGGCAGAAUCGGUUAGCAAACAAUUGCUCUCUGCAGUGACGGAGGGGCAUACUAAAAGAAGUUCACCAUCAACAAGCCAUAGUAGUAGGAGAAAUAAACGACAUACCCAUACGUCUGAAUCUAUUGACAAUAACAGGGACAGAAGUAGAAGUCGAAUUCGUAUAAGCAAAUUAAAUCAAACGCAUCCAUCGAACGAAAGACAACAAUCGUCAACGUCAUCGAAACGGUCUUCGUCAACAACACAGAGUUCUGGAUAUAAAUCCGAGGAUUCGGAAGCAAUCAACUCUAUAGCGAGUCGAACUCGAUCGCAUUCGCAACGGAAAAGUUUCGAUCAAAAUAAUAGUACCGUUACGCCCGCUGAAAAGCGUUAUCGCAGUGAAAGUGACACAAGCGAACUGCGCCAAACCGAUACGGAAGACACUGAAUACACUCCAAACAAACAAUCAGCACAAAGACGUAAAAAGGAAGCAAACACGUCCAGAAAGUCUGCAACGAAAAAAUCAGCAACCACUCCGAGUAGUACAGCUACGGAACAAAAACCUGCAUCUGGCGAACGCAGGCGGAAACUUAGAUCGUCCGAUUCGCAUACGGAAGCGGCCCAUAACAGCACCAUUAGUGGCGAUAAUAGCGAACAAGAAUCGAGUUCGUCGUCAGUCAUACCGAAAAAGCGUUUCCGUCAAAGUGAUCCGGAGACUCUGAACCUGGGGGCACGUUUAGCGAAAAGUAGCAGUGGUCGGGAGCCCCAACAGCGUAUUAGUACACAAGAAACACAUACUACGGGGCAACCACCAAGUCUGCUAAGACGCAGUUCACGUAGCAAAGGUACAUCAUCGACAGCAACGACGGGUUCCUGUGUCAGUACGUCAGCGAGUACGUCGCAAUCGCAUUCACGUCAAAUCGGCACGGCUCCGAUUGGCAAAAAGGGCUCAUCAUCGAAGGGUGGCUUCACAUCAGCAUCAAUUGCAUUUGACGCAGCUACUGCCACAGAACCAUCCACAUCACAAGCAGCCAUGGCUAACGACGGUUCACGCAGCAAUGAUUCGAUCCACACAAAUCCCACCGUUAAACUAAACAAACCGCUACAAACACCAACAACCUCAUCGCCGCUUGAUGUUUCCAAUGUGCAUUUGUUAUCGCAGCAAACAUCCAGCAGCAGUGCUGGAACGUCCAAUAUGAGUUCAAGUAAUGCAGCCGCACCACCGCAUCCAGAUUCGGAAAGUGACGACACAGAGGUCGGACAUUUGCAAGCAUUGCUGGAAACAAAAGGACUUCCACCCAAUCUGUUCAGUGCACUAGGUCCCCGGAUGCACCAUAUGCUCCAUCGUACGAUCGGUGUUAAUAGUUCAUCGAAAGCUCAGCAGUUGUUGCAAGGACUCCAAUCUCAGGAUGAGAGCCAGCAACUUCAGGCCGCUAUUGAAAUGUGUCAAAUGUUGGUUAUGGGCAAUGAAGACACUCUUGCAGGCUUCCCGAUAAAACUCGUUGUUCCUGCAUUGAUAACCUUACUGCGGAUGGAACACAAUUUUGAUAUCAUGAACAAUGCUUGUCGUGCUUUGGCAUACAUGCUCGAGGCCCUUCCACGCUCAUCGAAUACCGUUGUCGAUGCAAUUCCCGUGUUUCUGGAAAAGCUACAAGUGAUACAAUGUAUGGAUGUAGCCGAACAGAGUCUGACAGCCUUGGAAAUAUUAUCACGUCGUCAUAGUAAAGCGAUUCUCAAUGCGAAUGGAGUCUCAGCGUGUUUAACGUAUUUGGACUUCUUUUCGAUUAACGCUCAACGGGCCGCAUUGGCUAUAACUGCUAAUUGUUGCUUGAGCCUACAACCAGAAGAAUUUCAUUUCGUUAACGAAUCGUUGCCGUCAAUGGCGCGCCUAUUGACCCAACAAGAUAAAAAGUGCGUGGAAAGUGUGUGCACGGCAUUUUACCGUUUAAUCGAAAGCUUUCAGCACGAGCCACAAAAGCUUCAAGAGAUUGCGAAAAAUGAUCUACUUAAAAAUUGCCAGGAAUUGUUGGUCGUCACCCCGUCGGUAUUGAACUCGGGAACUUUUACCAAUGUCGUGCGAAUGUUAAGUGUCAUGUGCGCCAACUGUCCAGAUUUGGCGAUAACUUUGUUGAAAAAUGACAUAGCAUCAACAUUGCUAUAUCUGUUGACUGGAUCAGCUGAGGCUACCCAAACCGGUGAUGUUGAAUUAGUUUCCCGCAGUCCAUCCGAACUAUACGAGAUUACUUGCUUGAUUGGAGAAUUAAUGCCCCGCUUGCCAAGCGACGGUAUAUUCAGUGUUGACGCAUUGCUGGAACGACCAAAUGCAGGAGUACAAGAUCAAGUGCAGUGGCAAUGGCGAGACGAUCGUGCUAUGUGGCAUUCAUAUUCUGCUAUUGAUUCACGAAUGAUUGAAGCGGCUCACAUGAACUCGGAUGAUGAGCUUAGUCUCAGCACAUUGGGACGAACGUACACGGUCGAUUUCCAUUCGAUGCAACAAAUCAAUGAAGAUACUGGCACAACGCGGCCGGUACAACGUAAGGUCAAUCCAACAUCGUCUGCAAGCCUCGAAAAUAUGCUAAACAGUCAAAACGCCGCCGAAGGAAGUAAUGGCAACGAGACCGGAACCAAAACUUUGAAUUUGGCAUUGAGACCACCGAACCCAUAUCGUGAUGCCCGGAUCGCUUGUUUGAAGGAAGAACGUGGCCUAGCUGCCGAAUUUAUAAAAAAUUUAUUUUCGGUGCUGUACGAAGUUUACAGCUCAUCGGCUGGACCAUCGGUACGAUACAAAUGUCUGCGGGCUCUGUUGCGUAUGGUUUACUUUGCCAGCGCAGAUUUGUUAAGAGAAGUACUCAGAAAUCAAAUUUUAUCGUCUCAUAUCGCCGGGAUGAUGGCUUCAAACGAUCUGCGCAUCGUCGUUGGUGCAUUGCAAAUGGCCGAAAUUUUGAUGCAAAAGUUGCCGGAUGUUUUCGGUAUUCAUUUCCGUCGAGACGGUGUUAUGCACCAGAUAAACCUAUUGGCCGAUCCAUCGAUUCCGAUUUGUGCGAAUCCGUCGCCGAAAUCAAAAGAUGCGAUCGGUACGGCGAGUCCACCAGCUUCGUCCGUUCCACAGCAAUUGUUCGACUUUGAGACGGCUGCCUCAUCCAGUUGCAAAGCGAAUUCUCACAUUCGUAACCUCAAUGUAGCCAUGAACGGCUUAAAUUCAAACAUGAGCAUUUCUAUGCCAUCCACAUCGAGUAUGAUGCACGCAGCGUCAAUGCCGAGUACGAGCAGUUCUUCCGCAAUUGCAAUUAGUCUAAACAGAGCAACUGCACCGGGUGGAAUCAUUGACUUUAAGCAACAUCACCAUCCGCAGCCCAUCUCCUUACCAACCACUGCCUCCAAUCACCAUUUUCAUCAAAUGUAUCCAAUUAAAACGGAAACUUCCACGACGGUUAAGCAAUUCCACCAGUCCUCACUUGGGCAACAGUUUCCCAUCGAUUUGAUGAAUCUGAAUGAAGCGUCGGGUAACAGUAGUGGAGUAACGUCAUCUUCCUUGGCCAAACGUUCUGAUAGUCCUGGACCAUCAAAGGUAUCCGACAUAUUGAAGCGUAAAGUUCCACCGAAACGAAAAUCACAAAACAGCAAUCGAUCGAAGACACGUCAAGAAGAACAAUCGUCGGUCGUUCAAGACUUUAUAAAUCGGGCAACAAAUUUGGGAACUUGCGGUCGUAGUACACCGAGUUCAUCGUCUUCAUCUUCACGUUGUCGAUUUAGUGCCACUUCAAAAACAUCUUCUUUCUUAGCUUCACUAAAUCCGGCCCGAUGGGGACGCCAAGGCUCGCAUACAUUAGCCAGAGAUAGUAAUAGUUCAUCGAAUCCGCUCAGUAAAAGUUCGUCGAAUUCGAAUCUAAUUGCUGCCGGCAAUCGAGAAAAGGCUAGACAAUGGAUACGUGAACAAGCAAUUCUGUUUGUUACCAAAUAUGGUGAGCCAGAUGUUGACGGUAAUGGGCGACAGAGUGCGUCAACCGUUUUAUCGAGAUUAAACGGAAUCAUUCAAAAACUCGACGGCAGCAUUGACGAUUGUGUGAAGGCGUUGCGUGAACUGCGUGACAUUUUGAUUGAAAGUGAUAUAUCUCCAUUCGAGGUCAACCAUUCCGGAUUGAUCAAAUCUAUGCUGUAUUUCAUGGCUAACGAGCACGGUAUUGUGGCCAGAGACGAUAGACUAAGGGCAUUUUUACAUAUUUUCGCCGGGUUACCUUUGGAUUCAAGCUACAGUGGACCAGUUCCUGUCUUGCGUUCGAGCUCCUUCAGUGCAUUCGUUGCCAAACUGAACGGUUGCGUGACACAGCUGGAACAAUUUCCGGUAAAAGUUCACGAUUUUCCAGCUGGUACGGGCGGUCGAUCCAAUCAAAGUGCACUUAAGUUCUUCAAUACACAUCAACUGAAAUGCAAUCUGCAACGUCAUCCAGAUUGCACAAAUUUGCGUCAAUGGCGCGGUGGUACCGUUAAAAUUGAUCCAUUAGCUAUGGUCCAAGCAAUUGAACGGUAUCUGGUAGCUCGUGGAUAUGGUGGCAUUCGUGUCGACUCAGAAGAUGACACCGAAGAAGAAAUUGAAGAUAGCGUUGCAGCUGUAGUUAUGUCACAGACUGGCUUCAAACAUAAGCUGCAAUUUUUGAUCGGAGAUUUUGUGCUGCCCUACAAUAUGACAGUGUAUCAGGCCGUUAAACAAUUUUCGUCGGUCGUAAAUGAUCAAUCCGAAACAGAGGCUGAUACCGAAACACCAAUCGGCAACCCAAGUGUGUGGGCACAACAACACACCAUCUACUACAGGCCUAUUGAAGAAGAGCAACAGGCCGUUAGUAACAAAUCAACAAGCAGUUCGACAACGCGCAAAAAUGGUAAAAGUUCGUCGUCAAAAUUGAUACGCAAGAAAACCGAAUUUUGGACUGAAGGCACCAUUCCAACAAUUGUUUCCCCGUUGACGCAAUUCUUAUCGACAACAUUGCCAGCGGAUGUUGUUACAGUACAAGAUGCGUCACUGGAUGCCCUAUGCAUGUUGCGCAUUGUAAAUGCUUUGAAUCGUCAUUGGGAAAGUUUAUAUGGCUGUGUUAGACAUGAAAACAUUGUUAACCAAUCGGAGUUCAUCCACUCGAAGAUUGCUGCCAAAGCAAAUCGCCAACUCCAAGAUCCAUUGGUUAUAAUGACCAACAAUAUACCUCAAUGGCUUCCAGAGAUAGUGACCGCCUGUCCAUUUCUGUUCCCAUUCGAGACGAGACAUUUACUGUUCUAUGUCAAUGUCUUCGAUCGUGAUCGAGCGCUGCAACGUUUACUGGACACUACACCAGAUCUCAAUUCGGCUGAUACGACGGAAAGGGUUACGCCUCGUUUGGAUCGCCGCAAAAAGGCAAUAUCCAGAGAAGACAUCCUGAAGCAAGCGGAGAAUUUGAUUCAGGAUUUUGGACAUUCGAAAGCUCUACUUGAAAUACAAUAUGAGAACGAGGUUGGUACAGGCCUGGGACCCACGCUGGAAUUUUAUGCCCUGGUGUCAGCCGAAAUACAACGCUGUGAUUUAGGUUUAUGGAACGGAAGUGAUAGUUACAAACAAAACUCCUCAUCAAUAGUCGAUGUGGUUAAAACCAACUUAGGAAACAUAGAUGAUGAUCCAGGUGCACCGCAACGAAUGUCCGUUGGCAGCAUUAUUAGCAAUAGCAGUGCCCUCAAUAUGCUAAUUGAACAAUCGGACAAUAUGAUUGUAACCGAAACCGAUGAACAGCAACAGCAACAACAGAAUGACAAUUCGAAUUCGUUGGUUGAAAGUAUGCCGCAGCGUAAUCGAUCAACAGUUACCUACGUCAAUGCACAGUACGGUCUGUUCCCAACACCGAUUGGCCGAGCAGCUAAAACGUCACAGUUGACUCGACUGAAGGCUAAAUUCAAAUUUUUGGGCAAAUUUAUGGCCAAAGCCGUAAUGGAUAGUCGAAUGCUCGAUCUGCCAUGCUCCAUACCGUUCUACCGUUGGAUUCUCAACGAAGAACAUUCACUCGGCUUAACGGAUCUGGCUAGAGUGGCACCCGAAGUGCAAGCGACCCUAAUCCGUCUCCACGAAAUCGUAAAACAACGUGAUGCCGUUCAACAAGAUCCAGCGUUGGAUGUUACUGAAAAGACUGAACAAAUUGAAUCUCUAGACCUUGAUGGUUGUCCAAUAGCUGAUUUGGGCUUAGACUUUGUGCUUCCCGGACACGCAAACAUUGAGCUACGCCGUGGCGGUCGUGAUAUUCCUGUGACCAUUCAUAAUCUACAUCAAUACAUAUCGUUAGUGACACAUUGGUUCUUGGUGGAAGGAGUGCAGAAACAGUAUGAGGCGUUGAGAGAAGGUUUCGACUCUGUAUUUCCGUCGAGUCGACUGCGCUUCUUCUAUCCCGAAGAGCUGGAAAACGUGUUUUGCGGUUCGGGUUCGAUCAACUUCAACCGGUGGGACGUGCGAAUGCUGCAAGAGUCGUGUCGCAUCGAUCACGGUUUCACACAAGAAUCGAAACAGAUCCAGCAACUGUACGAGAUAAUGAGCAACUACAAUCGGGACGAGCAACGUUCAUUUUUGCAAUUUGUUACCGGUUCGCCGUGCUUGCCGAAUGGCGGUUUCAAAUCACUCAGUCCACCGUUCACAAUCGUUCGGAAAACAUUGGACAGCAAUCAGGAUCCCGAUGACUAUUUACCUUCGGUUAUGACUUGUGCCAAUUACUUGAAAUUGCCGGAAUACUCGAAUCGAGAGACAAUGCGCUUGAAAUUGAAAGUUGCAGCUAAUGAAGGCAGUAUGUCGUUCCAUUUGUCUUAAAUUCGAUGAAAAAAAGAGAGAGAGAAAAAUUGCGAGAAAUUUCUAAAAUUCGUUUUCGUUUCGAUGAUGAUGAUGAUGAUGAUGGUUUUCAGUGAAGAUUAAAACAUUACAUUUAUAUCUGGUCCUUUGGAUUUAUUUUCUUUAUUUCGUUUAUAAUUAAUAAAUUCUUUAUUUCGUUUGGCAGUUGAAA